GUGCGGGGGCCGUGUAAACAUAGGGACGUGGAAUCGUUGGGGGUUGGUGGAGAAGCCUGAUUCCAGAUACAUCUGUCUGCGCCGGCCAGCGCCAAUGGUGGUCACCCGCGAGCCGGCCACCGAUGACGAGGACAGCGACUUCAGCCCGGGCCAGGUGCCGCGCCGCGAGCACGCGCCGCCCCGCCAGCGCCGCCGCACCAAGAGCUCCGGUGACAGCCGCAAGCCGUACGCGGCCGGGCGGCGGCCGGCGCCGCGCUCCGCCGCCGGCUUCACUCGCCUGGCGUUCGUCGUGGCUGGUCUGACGUGCGGCGGUCUGCACGCGCUGCAUGUCAGCACCCUGUUUGAGAACGACCGCCACUUCAGUCACCUGUCGACGCUCGAGCGCGAGAUGUCCCUCCGCACUGAGAUGGGCAUGUACUACUCGUACUUCAAGACGGUCGCCGAGGCGCCUGACCUGAUGUCGGGCCUGCACCUGCUGCUGGAGGACCGGCUGGUUGAGGCGCCGCACACUGUCAACGCCCUGCAGAGGUUCAACCUCUACCCGGAGGUGCUGCUGGGCGGCGCGUACCACUGGUACCGGCGGGUGACGCAGGCGCUGGGCUGGGAGACGCGCGAGUGCUGGAAGGUGGACCGCGGCGAGCGUCUGGCGCCAGUCUGGAGCUGCAUCGGGCUCGGCACGCCCGUCUUCUUCUACCUCGCCGGCGUCUGGCUCUGCGCCGCCCUGCUCGGCAUCGUGCUCUUCGUCUACGGCUGCCAGAUGGGCGGUAACAUAUGGGGCGGCCUCCUGACCGUCACCUGCUUCUUCUUCAACCACGCCGAGGCGACGCGCAUCAUGUGGACGCCGCCGCUGCGCGAGAGCUUCGCCUUCCCGUUCCUGAUGGCGCAGAUGGUGUACGUGUGCCGCACGGUCGCGUCCAAGCGGCCCAGCUGGCUUCAGGUGCUGAGCAUCGGCUGCAUGACAGCCAUCUCGCUGCUGUUCUGGCAGUUCUCGCAGUUCGUGCUGCUCACGCAGACGUGGCUGCUCUACCUGCUCUGGGUCGUCGGCGUGCUCAGCACCACGCAGCUGAAGGGCAUCCUGGCGGCACAGCUGUUGGGUCUGGUGACGGCGUUUAUGCUGCUGUUCGGCAACCGGAUGCUGCUGUGUUCGCUGCUGACGGGCGCGGUGCUGGCGCUGCUGCUGGUGGCGCUGACGCUGGAGGACCUGCUGCUGCUGCUGCCGCCGCCGGCCGGCGCGCUGGCUCGGCUUGGACUCGGCAUCGUCGGCACCGUCGGCCUCCGGCUGGAGCUCACUCACCUGCUGGGUGUCCACGACGAUAACCACGUGUGGAACAUCCUGCGCUCGAAGCUGGGCAAGUACCGUGACUUCGACACGCUGCUGUACACGUGCGCGCCCGAGUUCGACUGGCUGCAGCCGGCGACCGUGUCCCAGCUGAGCAGCACGCUGCUGCUGCCGUGUGCGCUGCUGGGCGCCGCGCUGGCCAUCUCGCUGUGGCUGGCCGGCGGGCCGCGGCCGGAGCCGGGCCGCCGGCCGGCCGCCGCCGCGUCCAGCAGCGACGAGGAGCCGCAGGCGAGCCGGCCGCGGCCGCGGCGCCGCCGCCUGACCAGCGGCGCCGGCGAGGCCGCGUCGCGGCCCGGCGCGCUGCUCGCCUGGGCGCUGGCCGUGCGCACCCGGCUCCGCCAGGACCUCGAUGUGGUGUACUCGCUGCUGCAGCUGGCCGUGUUCGCCGUGAUGGCGACGCUAGUCAUGCGGCUCAAGUUGUUCUUCACGCCGAUGCUGUGCGUGGCGGCGGCGCUGCUCGUCUCCAGAAAGUUCGUCUACUUCGUGCGCCUGCGCCGGGUGCACCUGGCCAUCGUGGCGGUGCUCGUCAGCGGCAUGGCCGUGCGCGGCGUCAAGAACAUCCGCAGCCAGUACGACAUCGUCGGCGAAUACGAGAACCCCGAGCUGGAGGAGCUGCUGGAGUGGGUGCGCACGGACACGGCGCCGACUGACACCUUCGCGGGGCCCAUGGCCCUCAUGGCCACCGUCAUGCUCACGACGCGGCGGCCCAUCGUCAACCACCCGCACUACGAGUCGGUAGGGUCGCGGCUCCGCACGCGCCAGGUGUACGAGGUGUUCAGCCGCCGCAGCGCCCGCCAGGUGUACCGCACGCUGAAGAGGCUCGAGGUCGACUACGUGCUCCUCUACGAGCCCAUGUGCUUCGGCGCGCCCAGGCCGGGCUGCGCCAUGGUGGACAUCUGGGACGUGGAAGACCCGGACAAUCGGCACCGGCCGCCGCUCUGUCACCGGCUAUUCGAGGACGACGCCUCGCCGCUGUUGCGCGUGUUCGAGAACUCGCAGUACGUGGUGCUCCGGGUGCCGGCCAAGUACGUCGAGAUUCCGGCGCCCAAGCAGAUGGCCUCAUGAGCUCGGCCGGCCGGGCCGGGCCGGGCCCUCAGACUGUGAUGCCGCGCCGAGUGGGGUGCCAAAGCGAGCCGCCGGGGCGCGCCAGGUCACGUGUGAUAGCGCACUAAACACUCGCCGCGUGUGUUCCGCGGGCGUGGUUCGAGCUUUUGUCGACAAAGAUUCGCCGCUGUUGCCAUGAACAGUCGUGCGUCACGGAUAAUGCAAUCAUUGGAAUGCGCGCAUUUUGGCGCGGAUUGGCCGCACUUACCUUGUGCGCGGCUGCCAAAUAAGCGUCCAAGCGUAAGAUGGGAUUUCCUGCGGGCCGGCGGCGUCCGCGUGCGGCUGGGCGCCUGCUGGGAGCGCCGCUGCCCGCCCGCCCGCUCCAGUCGCUGACUCUAGUCCGGCAGCUGUCGCCGUCGUUUCCACGACGCUGUCUCCGUCGCCCACCGCUGGGUUGUGUCUCCGCUGUGCCUCCCGACCGGCCGGUGCCGCGCUGCCGCGCUGCCGCUGGCAGGGCGUCCAGUGCACGUCUGUGUGGUGACGUCCGAGCGUGCUGCGUGCCGC